CAAGUCUAUACCGGAGUACAGUGUAUCGCACGCCGUUCAUAGUCCAUAGGUCCAACAGCAAGGUUGACAGACACUGUGGGAUCACUUCCGUGUUCUCUGCGAAACUGUCUUAAAUAGACCGGCAACUACGUACAUGACUUGUGCAUUCACUGUAUACUGAAAUAAUUCAGUUUAUCUACUUUUGCCGAAAAGUCACUGCAGGACGAUGUUUACUAUUUGUAAAGUUACGUUAUGUUUUUCAUUGGUGGUAACUCUUGGAUUUAGCGCAGUGCUUGGCUAUUCGUACUCGUGUACAUUUCCAUGUGAUGUUGAGUCGUGUCCACCCACGAACUGUAAAGGGGGUAUGGUAGACGAUAGCUGUGGUUGUUGCAAAAUUUGUGCGAAGCAGGUGGACGAACGAUGUGGUGGCCUUGGUGACGACUAUUGUGACGAAGGUCUCUACUGUUCCGGGCCUGCUCACGGGGAUUAUAUAACGGGAUUUGGCACAUGUCAGUACAAAUCUGAUCACUUGGUUUCGUGCGAGAACUUUUACACUGGUUGUAAUAUAGAAAACUCUGAAUGUAGAUGUGGCAAUAACGUCAAGGCAUGCAGUAACCCAUUCAGUUACACAGACAAGAAGCAAUGUCGGAGAACUUUAGCUCGAAUGCAAG